UAGUGCCUACAUGUAAUUGGCGAUAUCAAUAUUUCGAAUACAUAGCGCCGAACUUGCAUAAAUACAAAGUUUAGGCACACUGCAUUAAAUAUUUUAACAUGAAGUACUGUAUUGUGCACAGUAUGCGACCCAGUGUAAAUGUUUUUAUAAUGUUGUGCGCUAUAAUGAGUUCAGUAGAGUUGAAGCUACCGCCAGAAGUAAUAGUUGAUUGGGAAAGCUACCACUUUCAAUAUUUUGACAUUUGUGUAAAUGAAACUGGUGUGGACCCUAUGAUCCCAAGAAUGAUGUUUAGGCAAGUCAAUCUUCCCGAUGAAGAGAGCUUUCACUGCUAUAUGAAAUGCACUUUUAAAUACCACAAUAUGUUGACGCCCGAUGAAAAGGAUAUUGAUUAUGAAGCCUAUGCUAAAGAUGUUCACUUGACGCCAGAAAUACUGAAAAUGUGUAGGGAAUUUGUUGCGUCUGAAUCGGAAAUAUGCAGAAAAACUUACCUCAUUACUAAGUGCUCAGUAGAGAACAAAGUCAUCUCCAGUGGCCGAUAAGUAACAUUAGUUGCACUUGUACUUGUGCUUCACUUCUAAUUGUUCUAUUAGCAAUAGCACAGCAUUCAAGAAAUAUCAAAUAUAAUUUUUCUUUUAUU